GAAGGCCGUCCCCCGAAUCCUGCGAACUGAAAUGUAAGCCUGUCCUGCCUGCCAUCAGGAAACAGUACGCGAAUUUCCCUCCCUUGUAACUAAUCGCUAUUGCAUCUGCGUGAGACGAUUGAUUCCUCUUCUCACUUUGACUGCAGGCCAGCGGAGAGACCAGCUAAACUGGACUCGGAGCUGUUCAGGAGACAUCAGUCUGGGGUUUCUUUUUUCAUCGGAGGGUUGCACGCGAUGGAACCAGCCUUUGGGGAGGUGAACCAGCUCGGCGGUGUUUUUGUAAACGGAAGACCCCUGCCCAACGCCAUUCGCCUCAGGAUUGUAGAGCUGGCUCAGCUGGGCAUCAGGCCUUGUGACAUCAGCAGACAGCUGCGGGUCUCUCAUGGCUGCGUGAGCAAGAUCCUGGCCCGUUACAACGAGACCGGCUCGAUCCUCCCUGGCGCGAUCGGUGGCAGCAAGCCGCGGGUCACCACCCCGACCGUGGUGAAGCACAUACGGACUUACAAGCAGCGGGACCCGGGCAUUUUCGCCUGGGAGAUCAGGGACAGGUUGCUUGCCGAUGGGGUGUGCGAUAAGUUCAACCUGCCUUCCGUCAGCUCGAUUAGCAGGAUCCUUCGCAACAAGAUCGGAAACGUGGGCCAGCAGAACCAGUACGAGUCCAGCAAACAGACGUCCCAUCCACCGCCGCAGCCUGCGUUGCCCUAUAACCACUUGUACUCUUACCCGACUCCCAUCGCAGCGACGGGGACUAAGGUGCCCACCCCCCCCGGCAUGUCCUCUCUACCUGGACAUAUGGCUAUGCACAGAAUAUGGCCAUCGUCUCAUUCUGUUACAGACAUUUUGGGCAUUCGGUCAAUAACGGAGCAACAAAUUAGUGACAGUCCGUCCUCUCCCAGCGCCAAACUAGACGAAUGGAGCGCUAUUAGCAGGAGUAAUUUCUCGUCAGCGAGCUCUCCACUUGGAGUGGAUAAGCCUUACUUAGAAACUGACGCAAAAUACUCACAGACGCCGAAUGGAUUGCCCACAGUGAACAGUUAUGUCACAGCUCCCAGCAUCCAUCCCUACCAUCCUCACACCCAAGUGUCGCCUUACAUGGGGUACAGCGGCACCACGUCGGCCUAUGUGACCGGCCCCACAUGGCAGCCGCCCAGUGGCAGUGCUCUCUCUCCCCACAGCUGUGACAUCGCUGCCCCGCGGGCGUUUAAGGGCAUGGCAGCCUCCCCAGACUCCCUCUACUCCGUCACCGCCUCUGCUCUGUGACCCUCGAGUUGUGGGACGGAGGACAGCACGUGCCAUCGCUGAAUGGACUUAUGUCAACACUUUGAUAUAUUUAUGAAUGACUGGUCUGAGAAACCCCUCUCGGUUUUACAUGUCAGUGCUAGUCGUCGCUGUCUACACUGCAGAGGAAAAUGUCCUUAUAGACAACGCUGCAGUUUUAGGUGCACAGGUCACUGACGCCUGAGAGCAGUGGACCUUCCUCAUCAUCAAAGGUUUCACUUGAAUUUCAUUGCUCCUGUCUGUGAAUAUACAUGUAUAAUUUUUUUUGGACGAAAUGUGUCAAAUAGUACGGACUUAAUAAGCAUUAUGUAAAAGAAGCAUUCAGUUUGCAUUUAAAUGUUUCAGGGUGUUAUAAACAGCUAAAGUACUGAAGUUUUGCUUUGUUUUUAUGUCGCGUUUUGAUAAAAAAAAAAAAAUACAAUUUUUAGGAUGACAACUUCGCUUCUUUUACAGUGUAUGCCAGAAUCUUUGGGAGAUUUAUUACAUUAAUUUAUUAGACUGUAAGGUACAAAUGACGUGCGUGCAAUGAAUCCGAAUGGAUGUGAAUAGAACCAGGGUUGGAGAGUGAUACACUCUGUGACACAACCAGCAUUCAUUCAUGCUGCAUUAAAGACCAUUUAAACUGAAGACUUCCGAAAAAUUGCACAAUAAAAUUGAAUGUAUCUUAUUAAAAAACACGAAAAAGA